GACUUACCUGAAUGAUAGACCUUUUCAUCGGAAAUAUGGAUGGAAGAGUAAUUACUCUGGAGAAACUUGCCAAAGCCGAGAGAUUCGGCGACUUCAUCCCAGUUUAUAAGAUGGAUGGAAGCACCGUCGUGAAGACUUGAGAUUCCGUGCGAUUUGCUGAAGCCGAAGCAAUGAGACUGGUCCGCGACAAAACCACUAUUCCGGUACCCAAGAUUUACAAUGCCUAUACCGACAGUGACAGCGGCCAUGUAUGCAUUGUGAUGGAAUUUAUCGAGGGUGACUGUCUCGCAGAUGUCUGGGGAAAGCUUGAUGACAGCCAAAAAGAAGAUGUUAUCGAACAACUCCGCGGUUUCUUUGCCCAGCUUCGCGAAAUAAAAGGUUCGUUCAUCGGAUCUGUGGACGGUACCGCUUGCGAAGAUCAGCUUUUCACAGACGAGAUCGGUGCAUAUGGGCCGUACAAAGACGAAGCGUCUUUCAACGAAGGAAUCAUCACUGCGCUCAAGAAUACCUCAACCGGCAGCUGGGUCAACACGGUGUCGGACAUGGUUCUCGCGCUGAAGAACCAUGUGAUCGUGACGACUCAUGGAGAUUUCUCUCCAAGGAAUAUCAUUGUCUAGGGCAGCAAGGUUGUGGCCAUUGUGGACUGGGAAAUGUCAGGAUAUUACCCAGAGUACUGGGAAUACGUCAAAGCUCUCUACCG